UGACGUAGAGCUGGCGUCACCUCCCUCUUCCCGCGCAGUCCAUCAUGGCGAAAGCCAAGAGGAAGCUUUGUGACGUGAUUGCCAGCGAUUCUCGCCGCGAAGACGAGGUGGAAGGAUUCGUACCCGGAGCCAUUCUGCGAAUAACCAUGACCAACUUCCUGACGUACAACUACGCCGUGUUACGACCCGGACCGAACCUCAACAUGAUUGUUGGAGCCAACGGAACCGGCAAGUCCAGUGUGGUGUGUGCCAUCUGCCUGGGUCUCGCUGGGAAGACCUCUGUCCUGGGAAGAGGCGACAAGGUGGGGCUCUAUGUGAAACGGGGUUUCAGCAAAGGCUCCAUUGAGAUUGAACUGUACAAGCCUCGGGGACGACUGGUCAUCACCCGGGAGAUUCAGGCUGACAACAAUCAGUCGCAGUGGAAGCUGAAUGGCAAACACUGCAGCCAAAAAGCAGUGGAAGAUGAAGUCAAGGCCCUUCAAAUUCAAGUCAGCAACCUUUGCCAGUUUCUGCCGCAGGAGAAAGUUGGGGAGUUUGCCAAAAUGUCCAAAAUCCAGCUGCUGGAGGCCACAGAGAAGUCUGUGGGUCCACCAGAAAUGUUUCAGUAUCAUUGUGAGCUCAAAAAAUUCCGUGACACUGAGAAGGAGAUGGAGCGCCAUUUGAAGGAAAAAAGCGCUUUUCUGGAGAGGCUCAAACAGAGAAACGAGAGAAACGGACAUGAUGUGAAUCGCUACUAUGAGAAGAAAAGGCAUCUGGAUUUAAUCCAGUUGCUUGAGAAGAAGAAACCAUGGGUGGAGUACGAGACUUGCCGUGGGGAGUUUGAGGGUGUUCAGAAGGAGCUGAAAGAAGCCAAAAGACGGCUCGCAGCACUCAAGCUGGCCCAGGCUCCCAUGCUGCAGAAACUCCAGACCAUUGAUGGCCAGCUCACGUCAGCUGCAACUCAUUUGAAGGAAAAGGCUGCCGCUAUCAAAGAGGCGUCGCUCCAUUGCAAACGGAAGCAAGAUGAGUUGGACAGAAAAAGUCAGCAGAUUGAGGACGUGAAACAAAUGCUGAUACUGAAGCAAACGGAGAAAGAAGACCAGCAGAAGCGAGUCAGGAACAUCCGUUUGACCAUCAAGGACUUGAUGGACGAGCUCACCAAAGCAAGCGACCGACCUGAUGUAACCCCAAAGCUAAAUGACGUCAACGAUGAGCUGCGGCGCAUCCAGAAAGAGAAGACCAAGGUAGAAGGAGGAAAGUUGGACCUUCGAAGGGAGCACACAAACAUCUGUGCAGACGGCAGAUUGAUAAAGAAGAAGCUUCUGGACAUGAUCAACCUGAUGGCUGUCAAGGAGGAGAGACUGCGGGCUUCCCACCAUGACACUCACGCUGCCAUGAUGUGGUUAAGGCAAAACCAGAACCUUUUCAGUGGACGUGUCUCGGAGCCCAUGGUGCUUUCUAUCAACGUGAGGGAUCAGAAGUUUGCCAAAUAUGUGGAGGACUACAUCCCAUUCCGGGAUCUGCGAGCGUUCGUCUUCCAGAGCAAAGAUGACAUGAACAAGUUCAUGAUUGAGGUCCGUGACAGAAUGAACUUAAAGGUGAAUGCUAUCGCUGCUCCUGUGGAGUCCUGUGCCCAGCUGCCACCAUCACGCAGUAUCGAGUCAUUGAGGCACUUUGGUUUCUGGUCCUACUUACGUGAGAUGUUUGAUGCUCCUGAAGAAGUGAUGAGCUACCUUUGUCGCCAGCACCAUGUGCACGAGGUUCCAGUGGGUGAUGAUCAUACCAAAGCUCAGAUCAAAACGGUGGUUGAACAACCAUAUUUGAAGGUGCUCUACACCAGAGAGGAGCGCUACGUGGUGAAGCGCUCCUACUAUUCUGGCCAAAUUAGCACGUGCAAUUCCGUCGUUCGACCAUCCCAGUUUCUCUUCAUCACAGUGGACACUGAGGAGAAGCAGAGGCUGGAGCUGCUGCUGAAGGACUGCGAGUCAAAACUGCGAGACACUGAAGAACAAAUUAAAGCUACGCAAGUUGAAACUGCUGCUUUGGAGUUGCAAGAAAACAAGUUGCUGGCAGAGAAGAAGCAACUGUCUGAAUUCAAGGGAAAAGUGAAGCAACUGGAGCAGAAAAUCCGUAUCAAACAAGAUAGUCUUGAGCAGAUGGAGAACAGCGGCAUCGACCUGAAGAAAAUAGAAGCGGAGGCCAAAGCGAGCAUUUCCAGUGCCAUCUCAGACAAAGUUGCUGUGGUGACAGGGUUAGUCGCCCAAAUGAAGCUAAGAGCCAAAUUCACCAUGGAGAAGGCCAAGCUGGUUCUGGAGAUGGUUCCUCUGAAGGCUGAGAAGAAAAAGCUGCAGCACCACUGCAGAGAAGGUUCUUCUGAACUCAAGAAUCUUGAGCAAAAAUGUCAGCAGCUGGAGAACCAGAAGAUGGCGCUGAGGGAGCGCAGCCAAGUCCAACUGGCCCGAGCCAGGCAAGUGUGUCACAUGUCCGACAAAGAGCCUCUGUCAGAAGAGCUUCGCAACGCAUUCUCCAAGCUGCCCAGCACACUUGAUGGCAUCGAGAGAAGUUUGAGUGAAGAACAGGCUUGUGCCGACUGCUUCGCUGGACUGGAUGAAAAUGUUGUUGAGGAGUUCAACAGAAGAGACCGAGAAAUAAAGCUCCUACAGACGGAGGUGGAUGAGAAGGUUGGAUCUUUGACUGCCUACAAAGAAAGCAUUUCACAGGUGAAGGAGCAAUGGCUGAUUCCUCUGAAGCAGCUGGUGGAAAAAAUCAGCAACAAAUUCAGUCUCUUCUGCCGCUCUAUGCAGUGUGUGGGAGAGGUGGAUCUGCACUCUGACAACAAGGAAGAGUAUGACAAGUUUGGCAUUCGGAUACGAGUCAAGUUUCACCACGGCAGUGAGCUGCAUGAGCUGACUGCUCAGCAUCAAAGUGGCGGUGAGCGCAGCGUGGCCACCAUGCUGUAUCUCCUGGCCUUGCAGGAGCUGAACCGCUGUCCCUUCAGAGUGGUGGACGAGAUCAACCAGGGAAUGGACCCGGUCAACGAAAGAAGGAUCUUCGACAUAGUCGUGCGGACGGCCUGCCAGGAGUCGACGUCGCAGUAUUUCUUCAUCACGCCCAAACUGUUGCAGAACCUGCCGUAUGCAGAUGAGAUGACUGUUCACUGUGUCUAUAGUGGCACCAACAUGAUCCCCGCUGAGGAAUGGGAUGAGAAGGCUUUUCUCUACCAGCGCCGUCACAGAAGAGCCACUUGAUCUGCUUUAAACACUCAAACAUCAGAGACAUCAUGACGCAACACACAGCAAAAUAUACUGCUUCAUGGCAAGCCAAAAGCAUGUGGGCUGAGGUUCACUUGUUUAGAAUAAACUGUACCCUGCAGAC